AGCCAUUUUGGCUCAAGGCGGGCGCGGGUGACAGCGAUGUCGCUCUCUGGGCACCUGGCGGGCGCCGCGGCAUCCCAAGCGGUGCGCGGCGCGGGGCAGCAGGUGGGCCAGGCGAUCGGGAAACCGCUCGACGGCUUGUCCUCCGCCACCAGCUCCAGGCACCCGGGGCACAGCGACAUCAACUGGGUCGACUUCAACUACCCUCCAGGACUUCGUCUGAUCCACUAUAGCUCCGACGAGUUGCCAUCGUCGCUCUCAGGACUGGUGAGAUGUAUGAACAUUUCGUUCGUUGUCACCUGCGUCGCGUGCGCGCUCAACCUCAUCGACACCCUGGUCGUGCACUUCGGCUCAGGGACGAAGACGCCGGGGCGGUGGCUACUGCAGUCUCUGAUACAUCUCCUUCUACUUCCGAUGGCGGCUGGUGGGGUGUUCUACUCGGGGUACCGGGGUCUCGCGGAGCCCGACUCCACGCUCUACUCCCGCUUCAGGGUCGGGCAGGUGGUGCUCGCGCUCGUCUACUUCCUCUUCGCCGUCAUCCCCUCCGGCUGCGUGAACGGCUUCUUCAUGCUGGGCCAGGUGCGCCAGUACGCCCCGGAAGGCCACGGGUACUGGAUGUUCGCCAUCAUAGCAGAGUCCCUCCUGUGGAUGGGCAACUGCGCCCUGGCGUGCCUGAACGUGUUUCGAACAGAGCGGUACGACGCUCACGGCACGCGCAGUAAAGCCGACUCGCGCUUCUGAGCGCUCCGGCCGCCCUGCCGUCUCACCCUUGCCUGCCUGCUCACGUGCGCCCUCCACCCCACAUUACAACCUCGGGUUCCCCUCGCUCACCCCGCCUCUCUGCCCGCUACGCGCACAAGCCGCGCCGGUCCGUGCCGGGCACGCGAAUCGAGUGACGCACCCUGGGGAGGUAAGGGGGAGAAAACAAAAGAAACAAAA